UUCUUUGAAUGCAUCCAUGGCGAAACCAGCUAUUUCUAUGGGUGACAACCACUGCUUGUGGAAGACUAGCAAGUUUCGAGCUAUCCAUAGCUCCAAAACAGGUGUGCCGCUCUAUUCUUGUCUCUGUUUCUGUGUUCUUCUUAGAUAUUAUUCCACCAUUUCCAAAUUUUCUCAAGAGCGUCUCUCACCGGAAGUUCAGCUAUGUCUCACACUAGAAAUUCAGCUGAUUUUCAUGCACCAACGAUUGAUUUAGGACAUGAGACCAACAAGUGAGUAACUGAUUCUUCAGAUUGAUUAUAUUUGGGAUACAUUGAAUUCUUUGAUUGAGUUUUUGCCAGAAUCGCGAUUUUAUUGUGAAUGAUUUUUUCAUAGAAAAUUUGUAAAUAAAUUAAUGUUCUUAAAUUGUUUUAUUUUUUAAAGAUAGGUUAUUUUAUUCAAUUAAUACAAUUGAAUAUAAAUUAUCCAAACGAAGACAACAACAAGAUCAAAAUGAAAAUUUUUACAAGAUAUUUUUUAACAAUUACAAAACACGAGUUUAUCCAUCAUCAAAGUACGGAUACUAAUCAAACUUUUUCUUUAAAUGCAUUCAUGGCCAAACGAGCUAACUUCCAUGGGUGACAGACAAACGAGCUAUACUUCCAUAGGUGCGGCUUCUUUUCGAAGACUAAGAAGUUCUGAAUUUUCCUAGCUCCAAAUCAGGUGUCCUGUUCUAUUUCUUCUUUUUUGUCUGUCUGGUUCUUCAAAGUUCUUAGCAGAGAUUAUCCCAUGAGUAAUUAAUUAUUCUGAUUGAUUAUAUUUGGGUACAUCGGUUUAACACUUUAAAUUUUCCAUAGAAAUUUUUUGUUCUUUAGCUGACGUCUCAGUUACCAAAUUAAAGAGUACAAAGGCAUUUAUCUAUACUGCUCUGGUAAUUACUCUAAUAGGAGAUAGAAGAGCCGAUAAGCCAAUGAAUAUGCCGAAAAGAUUGAGUACUGCGAGUUCUACUCUCUUGACCUGGCUUGUCGGACGCUGGUAAUCUGGGAAGGAAUUUCAAGUGGAAACUUGCCAACAAAAGAACUCUAACACAGGCUGAAUUUUGAUUUAAUCAUGGAAGAUCAGUUUUUCUCUGAGGGAGAGGGAAUUGGGUAUUGGACACCUCCUGGCGCUCAAUUCGAUGGACCAAGCAUGAUAGACAACGGAAUAAAAAAUCUUGUAUCAGAGGAGAUGCUUGACAACCUCCCUGAUCUCAUGAACUUCGAUAACCUUGCUGGUUGGGGUAAUAUUCCAUCUGUGACUGAUCAUAAUUUAGAUAAUGAAAUUUCAUCACUUGCCUCUAUGCAGUAUUCUCCACCUGAUGCAUUCAGUUUAGUGGAACAGGACAAUGAUCCAUACUUUAUGACAAAAGAUUGUGGAAAUUAUAAUGCUACUGAAACCUCCUUGGGUUUCGAUGAGAAGGCUGUGUUACAGCAAUUGGAGACCCAACUUGGGUUGUCAGAAGAUGCAAAUGAUAUGAAUAACAUAAAUGGAUCACUUCGAGAAUUGAGUGCUGCUGACAUGGGAAAUUGCUUGGUGCCUAGACCAUUUGCUUGGUCGCUUGAUGAGAGAAUGCUGAGGGCUAUGGACUUGUUUAAGGAAUCAGUUGGUGAUGGAAUAUUGACACAAGUUUGGGCACCAAUGAAGCAUGGUAAUGACUUCAUCUUAAGCACAAGCGAGCAACCCUAUUUGCUAGAUCACAUGCUAGCUGGAUACCGAGACGUGUCGAGGCAAUUUACCUUUUCUGCUGAAGAUAAACCAGGGUCUUUUCCAGGGCUUCCCGGACGUGUGUUUAACUCCCAAAUUCCUGAAUGGACCUCCAAUGUUGGGUACUACAAUAAAAGUGAGUACCUGAGGGUGGAGCAUGCAAUUAAUCACGAGGUUCGUGGAUCAAUUGCGGUUCCCAUAAUUGAUACGCUCGCUGAACCACCUUGUUGUGCUAUACUAGAACUUGUCACUACAAAGGAAAAGACUGAUUUUGACAGAGAACUAGAAAUUGUUAGCAGUGCACUCCAGCUUGUUAAUUUAAGGACUACUACGCCUCCACGACUUAUGUCCCAGUGUCUAUCAAAUAACAAAAGAGCAGCUUUAGCAGAGAUAAUUGAUGUGUUACGAGCUGUGUGUCAUGCGCAUCGUUUGCCACUGGCAUUGACAUGGAUCCCCUGUUAUUAUAGUGAGGGAAUAGGAGAUGAAGCUUCAAGGAUACGGAUUAAAGAUGGGGGUAGAAUUCCUGGUGAAAAAACUGUACUAUGCAUUGAAGAAUCAGCUUGCUAUAUAAAUGAUAUUGUGGUAGGAGGAUUUGUUCAUGCAUGUGUUGAACAUUAUCUCGAGGAAGGGCAAGGUGCAGCUGGGAAAGCUCUUCAAUCAAAUCGUCCAUUCUUCUGUCCCGAUGUGAAGGCCUAUAAUAUUAGUGAAUAUCCCCUUGUUCACCAUGCGCGAAAAUAUAAGUUGAAUGCUGCCGUUGCAGUCAGGCUAAGGAGUAUUCAUACCAAUGAUGAUGAUUACAUAAUAGAAUUCUUUCUACCUGUCAAUAUGAAUGGAAGUGAAGAACAGCAACUUUUAUUAGACAAUCUAUCAGAUACUGUGCAGAGAAUGUGUCAGAGUUUGAGGAUAGUUUCGGAUGCUGAAUUACACGGGAUAGAAGGUUCACAAGUGCAGUUUUCAAAGGAAGAAGGCUCUCAUAUGGCGCCGGAUGGUGACCAUGAUUUGGUCCAGCCUAUGUCCAUGACAAACAAUGAAACUGAAGCUGCUCAUAACCAGGCAAUGGAGGGAUCAAGAAAGCAGAUUGAGAAAAAGAGAAGUCCAGUGAAGAAGAAUGUUAGCUUGAGUGUUCUCCAGCAAUACUUCUCCUGUAGUCUUAAAGAUGCGGCUAAAAGCCUUGGUGUUUGCCCAACCACCCUGAAAAGGAUAUGCAGGCAACACGGAAUUGCAAGAUGGCCAUCGCGCAAGAUUAACAAAGUUAAUCGUUCGUUAAAGAAAAUACGAACCGUGCUCGACUCGGUCCAAGGUGUGGAAGGAGGACUGAAGUUUGAUCCUUACAAGGGGGGAUUUAUGUCAGUAGGAUCAAGCAACCAAGAAAUUAAUGCACAUAAAAGUUCUCUCUUUCGGAAGAAAUGUUCUGUAAAAUAUCCUGAUCCUGCAUCUGGUAGCAAAGAUUCAAAGCCAAUAGCCAUGGGUGAUGGUGGAUUACGGCAGGAACCCUUUCCGGUUUCUAUUUUGGAAAGUUUUUGGUGUGAUAUAGCAUAUCACAGUCCAAACUCCCUGGUUGCCGAUGAGAUGGAAACUUAUCUGAAUGGGGCUGACAAGCUCGGCGAGCAUUACAAUCCCACUACUUCAAGCAUGACAGACUCGUCGAAUGGCUCUUGCUCAAUUUUGCGCUCCAGCUCAUCUGCCUCUGGGAAAUUUGAGAAUCGGAAACAUUUGAAAGCCAAAUCACCUUGUGUUGAUAGUGGAUCAAAAAUUAUUGUCAAAGCUGCCUACGGAGAAGAUUUGAUCCGUUUCAAGUUUGAUCCUGCAGCUGGUUGUCUCCAGCUCUAUGAAGAAGUUGCAGCAAGAUUCAAAUUACAAAUCGGGUCAUUCCAACUCAAGUAUCUCGACGAUGAAGAGGAAUGGGUGAGGAUGGCAAAUGACUCAGAUUUGGAAGAUUGCAUAGAAAUGUUGGAUGAUCUUGACACCCGUGCUGUGAAAUUACUUGUUCACGACAUGCCUAGUGGUUUGAGCAGCCUUGGCAGUAACGGUUGAUGAAUUCAAUGAACCACAAGAAAUUUUUGAUCCAAAUAACCUCAAUGACACAUCCAAGAUUGUCAACAUAUUUCAUUAGCAUUGUCUUUUAGACACACAAGUUAGAUGAAAACAUUUCUAUAGAGUUUCCUGGAUGUGGUAUUGGAGUUAUUUGGAUUGAAGAUUUUUUGUAAUUUAAUCUUCUUCAAAGAGAAAAGGACCUUGAAGCAUGAUCAUGCUUCUUCAAAGUGUUUAUUUUCCAAACCUAGGAUAAUAGAGUCAUAAGUAAGUACUAGAAUGUUAAAUACAUAGUUGUAUGAGUUUUAUAAUUAGAUAGCUUAUAAAGUUUUAUAGUUAAAUAGUUGCGGUCAAGAGUGAGAUAAAUAGUUCUAGGUUGCUUUUAUCUCAGUUUUUGU